AUGCCUCCCAAACCCUUCAACGAGUUCAUGAAUGGUACCUCCCCUGGCGGACCCUCCACGCCGCGUGGUCGAGGAGGGUAUGGGGGUCGAGGUGGAGGCCGCGGGGGCGGUGGUGGGUACCGAGGUGGUGGAGCUGGCGGCGGGACUCCAGGGAGCGUCAAGUCCUUCAAAACGGACUAUUCGAACGUUCCGUUCGAUUAUGCCGCGGUCAAUCGGCAGCAGUAUACCAAGAUGGACGGCUUCGCAGUCGCUCCGUACGGAGGCAACACCGCUACUCCGGGUACGCCAUACACCCCAGGCGGAAGGGGAAGGGGCCGGGGAGGUCGAGGAGGUGGCGGUGAGACCUAUACCCCUCGUGGACGAGGAAGAGGCGGUCUGGGUUCUUCGACCUCGUCAUCCGCUCCGAGCGGUCAGGGCGCACAGCAAGACUCGCCCGGACCUUCGGGCUACGGUACACCCAUCACCGGGCUGGGCUUCGGGAAGGGCAAGGGGAGGGACGUGCCCGGCGCAGGAGCUAGGACGCCCGUGCGCGAGUCCACGGUUGGACGGGGCAUCGGGACGGGAGAAGUCAUUUGGGGAGGGAGAAAGGGCGCGCCGAUGUUUGUAAAAGCUGGAGAGCUGUUCAAGGAUGGGGAAGUGGACGUUAUCACGAUGGACGAGGACAAAGCGAUCCACGUAGAAACCGUGCCUCUUUCCGACCCAUCCGCCCCGCAGAUGCUCGAUCUGAAUAAUAACACGGAGAUUGAGAUACUCGAGACCCUCGAACAAAAGGUUCGCUCCAAGCCCAGCAAGGCCAAGAAGGCGAAGGGGCCCCCCGCACCCGCUGCGCCUAUCGCCGAACAGGCGAUAGAUGGCGGUACGGAGGAGGUGGAUAUGGAGGAUCAGGCGGCGAGGGAUGAGAUUGACAUGCUGCUGGAAGCGGAGCCGGAAGCUCCGUCACCUACGCCCGCGCCUAUCCCCGCUUCUGAGCUAGAAACGGCUCCUGCGCCCAUUUCCGAGGUUCCAUCCGCUCCUGAGCCAAUAGAAGUGGACGACAUGCCCAUCCCCGGUCUUUUCCUCGAUACCGCCCCUCAGCAGCCGGUCUUCGAAUCAGCUGCAACAUUAUACACCACACACCUUUUCGCUCCGGUCGGCGCGCCAAGUCAGCCAUCCAAGCAGGACAAGGGCAAGGGCAAGCACAGCUCAGACGAAGAGGAGAUCGUCUUCCGUCCGCGGAAAUACCAACAGCCACGUCCCAUCCACGUCGAGGUUCCACCCGUCCCCUCUGCUGCGCUACCUCAUGUCGCCCCACCGGCCAUCGCUAAAGCGGCCUAUCCUCAGAAAGCAGAAAAGCAGUCCGCCCUUCCUCCUUCUCAGGCCCCUAUACACGCCUUCGUCGAUCCCCGCGCUCAAAAGCCCGUUCUCCCCCGGAAGGAUAAGAAGGCGGCUAAGAAGGAGAAAAAGAAGAACAGGGGCAAGGGUGGGAAGAGCAACAAACUGGCCAGGGACGACUUUGGGGUCGAGGAUGAUAUUGAGUGGGGAAGCGACGGGCCGCCGAAGCGGAUCUUGCGGAUUGAGGGGGUGGAGGAGGAGCUUCAGGUCAUCCACCGGGGAUGGUCAAAGAAGGAUGUGGAUAUGGAUAUCCUGAGGGAUUAUCUUGAGGGAACCAUGCUAGGCGCGCAGCACGAGAACGACACCGAUAGCGAGGAGGAGGAGCGGAUGCUAGGUACGGAGGACAAGGGGAAGGCCAAGACUGUGGACAAGGCUGUGGAGCCGGAGGUGAAGAAGGGAAAAGGCAAGGCUGUGGGGCCCGAGAAGAAGAAGGGGAAGAGCAAGGAGGAGGAAGAUCUGCGGAAAGGCAGGGAGAGGGAGAAGAACAGGCUGGCGGGCGACUGGACACAGCCCGCUCCGGUGUCCGCCGCGGAGUCGGAAGGCGACGGAGAUGAGGGGGACUGGGAGGAUGAGGAAGGGGGAGGCGAUGAUGAAGAUGCCGGACAGGACGGACGUGAGGUCAUUGGCGAUAGCGACAUCAAUGAUGAUGGCAGCGAUGAGUCGUCUAUCGUUGGAGAUCUCCAGGCGAUCAUGGACGCUCUGGACAGCGAGGGUGAGGCGGAGGAUGAUGAUGAUAUGUUUGGGGGGAAGAAUACGUGGACGAGCGAGGAUGAGGGAGAGUGGUUUAUCAGGAACAUGGAGGAAGCUCUUGGCGGUGGAGGAUCUGGUAUGUCGUUCGGCACGAGCGGGAAAGGCAAGGGGAAGGGCAAGGCGGCAAUCUUCAAGUCUAUCGAGGAUGGGGACUUUGAGAUGGACUUGCCAACAGAACCAGUGAAGAAGGGCAAGAAGAAGGCCCAGGGCAUCCCCGAAGCUCUUCAGGCGCAAUGGGAGGCCGACCGCCAGAAGAAGGCGUCCAAGAAGGAACAGCGCGAGCUCGAACGCCUUAUCGCCGAGAUCGAAGGCACGAAAUCCAGCAAGAAAAAGGCCAAGGGCUCGUCCAAGGCCCAGCAGGCGGCACUGGCGCAUCUCAUCCCGGCAUCCGCUUCGGAAGUGGCCGACAUGUUUGACAUUGACUCGGACGAUGAGCGGGCGCAGCAUAUCCGCGGCGUCGGCAAGAUGCGCAAGAUGAUGAACUUGCCAUCGGGGCCUGGGCAAGGUGGGGUCGGGGAGAUUGAGAUCAUGGUGGAGCGUGUACGGGAGUUUAUCAGGGAUCCGGGGCAGACGACCAUGUCGCUGCAUCCGAUGGAGAAGGAGGGGCGGCAGAAGAUGCACAUCUUGGCGGAGUGCUUUGGGAUGAAGAGUAGCUCGAAGGGGAAGGGCAAGGCAAGGUUUACCAUCUUCAUCAAGACCUCUCGGACAGGCUUACACGUCGACGAGUCAACGCUCGAACGCCUCAUUUCCGCCUCUUCUCACUCUGGCGGACACUUCUACAAGGCGUUGUACAGCAAGUACGGUAAGAUCGGCGGCGGCGGAGGUGGCGGCGGCGGCAAAGACAAAUUCAAGAAGGGUCCAGGCGACCGGGGCACCUCGGGGCGAGCCAAGGAGGGAGAUUUGGUUGGAGAGGGAGCGGACAGGAUCGGCGUGGAAAAUAUGGGCCACAAGUUGCUCAGUAUGAUGGGCUGGGCGGAAGGUGGCCGGAUCGGUCGAUCAGAUGGUGGAUUGUCCAACCCUAUCGUUGCCGUCGUUAAGAAUACGAAGAGCGGAUUGGGCGCUUGA